AUGGCGUCAAUAUGGCUAAGGACGUUAAAAUCCUACGGUAUACCCGAGCUUUCGAUCGCAAAUCUUGAAACCAAUACCGGACAAGGAGAUAUUGUUCACAAAGUCAUAAUCAUUAAUGCCGAUCAGCAGAUAGGCAAUUAUUGGAUUCGGGCAAACAUGUCGAGUUGUAGUAUACCACGUGGCUCUCCUGAUACUAUCAAUUACAAUACUCGUGUGUUUGAUAACAUGAAUAUUACCGGUAUUCUCCGUUACGAAGGCGCACCAGAAACCAUUCCCACUUCCGAGGCAUACCCAGCGGAUUUAUCCGAUUGCACGGACCAUGACCCUACCACCUUAAAUCCUGUGUCAUUGACUCCAUCUGUGCCGACGGAUUACGCGAAGCGUCUUCUUCUUGAAAUUAGCGUAAGAGCUAAUCCCGUGCUAGUAGCAUUAAUCAACAACUCUUCAAUGGUCAUGGACUUUUAUCAUCCAUCCAAUGAAAAAGUUAUUGAAGGAGCCGGAUUCGUUACCUCGGAUAAUGCGUAUAGUUAUGAUGUCCCGAACCAACCCGUUGAAAUUAUUUUAAAUAACACCGAAAGACGAACGCAUCCUUUCCAUCUGGCAAGUGAAGAGGGCAGUUAUAGUCAACCUCUCAGUUCUUUAAAGUAUGAUUUCAACAAUCCAGUUUUUCGUGAUACUUUGACACUUAAGGAACAGAGUUUAACAGCAAUCAGGUAUUACGCCGAUAAUCCAGGCGUUUGGCUAAUUCACUGUCACAUCGAAUGGCACGUCGAAAUGGGCAUGGUGGCUCAGUUGAUAGAGUCACCUAGCGAAUUUAAGAAGCUCACCAUCCCUAAAGACGUUCUCGAACUUUGCAAUGUAAAAGACGAAGAAAAUUCAUAA